AUGGGGGGUCCUUUCUAUGGGGAGAUGUGGGGCAGGACGCCCGCAUCCCCCCCCCAACGCCCGGGUGCCCCCCAGCUGAUGUUCUCCCACCGCACCGACCGGCGGCUGAUCCUGCUGGGCCCCCACCAGCGCGACCCCCCCUGCGUCCUCGCCGCUGCGCAGCUCCGUCCAGGUGUCCUGGCCCUGCAGCUGGACCCCGAGUCCUACAGGAGGCCCGACGGGCCGCGAAGGCCCCGCCCCCCCCGGCGCCGGCCCCCGCCCCCACCCGAGCUGGACCUGGCGGGGGAGCUGCGGGCGCGGGGGCACCGUCCCGAGGGGUGCGGGGCCGUGCGGGUGUCGGGGGGCUCCUGCCGGGGUCCCCUCACCAAACUGGGGGGGCGCUUCAAGACCUGGAGGCGCCGCUGGUUCCACCUCGACCCCCGCCGCAGGGUGCUGGCCUACUAUGGGGACAAGGAGGAGACGAAGCUGAAGGGCGUCAUCUACUUCCAGGCCAUCGAGGAGGUCUACUACGACCACGGGCGCGUGGCCUGCAAGAGCCCCAACCCCCGCCUGACCUUCUGCGUGAAGACCUACGACCGCCUCUUCUGCCUGGUGGCCCCCAGCGCCGAGGCCCUGCGCAUCUGGAUGGACGCCGUCCUCACCGUCACCCGGGGGGACGGCCCCCCCCUGACCCCCAACACCCCCCCACCCCCCAAAAAGCCCCUGGGGUACCCCAAAGGCCCCGCCCAGGGCCAGCGAACCCCGCCCAGGGCCAGCGAACCCCGCCCAGGGCCACCGAACCCCGCCCAGGGCCACCAAAUUCCCCCCCCGGGGCCACGAAAUUGCCUCGAAGCAGCUCAAGGCCGUUUAUUGUCCCUGCUGCCCCCCAAGUUGGGGGGUGCCCCAUAG